AUGGCUGCUCCAAUCGAAAAGACCGCUACUGAUAUGUCUGGCUGCUAUGUCAUGAACCGUGAACUCUCCGGUGACACCGACGCAAUCCUUUCAUACCAAAACAUCGGCUGGCUCACCCGCAAGACCCUUGGUCGUGUCCCCGUCACCAUUACUCUCACCCAAACUAAGGAGGCUGUCCAGGUCGACAGUGUCGCCGCUGGCUUCAUCACCACCAAUGAGACCGUCCAGCUCGAUGACAAGUCCUAUCCUCUUAACCACAAAGUUUGGGGAGAGAUCACUUCCAAGGCUAAGUUGAUCAAGGUCAGCGAUAUCGAUGAUGAGACUCUGAAGGAAGGAUGGGUUGGAGAAGAUGUUAUUGAAGUCACCAGCCAGAGUGAGGUUAACAAGUGGAAGGCUACUCAGAUCUGGGGUUUCCAAGAUGUUGAAGUCAAGGGGGAGAAGCAAAGGAGGUAUUUCCGACGAAUCAGACUCGAACACAAGAAGGGUAUUGAAUACUGCCACACUUGCUACGACUACUCUCCAGUCGCUUAG